UGCAUGGUAACGUCUCUGAUAUUACUCAGAUCUGUCCUGCUGAAUAAUAAUAAAAGAAAACAAAAGCUAACAAAAUAGAUUUUUUUUAAUUGACUAAAAUUGUAGGCUUUGGAUUUGCAAUUCCCCUCCCUGUUUCUCUGAAAAUGAAAGUUAAGAGCCGGCUGUUAUUGGACAGUUGCUUUCUGUUUCCUUUUCUAAUGAAAUUUCUCAUUGGCUGUCUGGAGCAUGACUGUGUUUUUGCUUUCUGAUGGAGGUGGAGCGAUAUAUAUAUAACAACAGCAGACACAUUUCUCCUCAGUUUUUAGGUUUCGACUUAUUACAGACACUGCUCUCUCAUGAUGAAGAAAUGGGUAAAUUGAGUAAGAAGGUCAUACGACUCGUAGAAGGUCACCCCGAUGGAAUCCUGCUCUCGAAGCUUGCUGUCUUCUACAAUCAGAAGUAUCAUCAUAACCUGACGGUGUCAGAUGCUGGCUUCUCCAACCUUGCUGAUUUUAUUGCCUCUUUGACCGAGCAUCUGCUGGUAAUAGAUGGAACAGUUUUCCACAGAAAGCACAUAGCUCAGACCCAGGACACUGCAGAGAAGGUGGAAGUGGCUCAAAGCUGCCCAGAAGACAAGGACAAAACAUCAGAGGAAGUAGUGGAAUUGGUUCAAGAUCACCCAGAAGGCAUCCCUCUUAAGCGCCUAGCUGGGUUCUUCAGUCAUCGCUACAAGAGAAAGCUGAUUGUUUCAAACUUAGGCUUCGCUUCAGUCAGCAGUUUUGUCGAUUCCCUAUCGAAGGAUUUGCUGGUGGAAAAUGGCAGCAUCUUCCACAAAAAGCACAAGAAUACUCAUGAGUCAGCAGCCUCACUGAAUGAAACCCCUCCCACAAUGAACUCUGGAAUAUCUUUUGGUGCCAUGCCAAAGCGAAAGGAAGGUGAGAUGACCCAUGAGGAACUACUGGAGAAGGUUAAGGAGGUUAUCAGAGUCUACCCAGCUGCUGCAACUUCCAUUACACAGCUGAUGAAUGGCUACUUCCUACAUUUUGGGGCUAUACUGCCACUGGCACUGUAUAUGUCACUGUACAACAGUCAGAUCAGCACUCAACAGGCAACUGUUGGCCAGGCACAGGUUAUUGCAGAACAGGAAGCAGGAAGCCCUGCUACAUCAGUGUUCGCUACACCUACUGCGAGCCCACAACGUGGUCCGUUGACACACCUGGUGACUGAAGAAGUGGUACGCUCCAAGAGUGCCUCUCCUGUGUGGCAGCUCACUGCUACUCCACCUCCUGCAGACUCCAUCCUCACAUUGUCGACAGACUUCCCACCUCUCGGUACCAGACCCUCCAGAGCCGAGGAGAGGAGAGCGCGAGAUGGCCGAGAGGGAGGCAGCCUGGUGUUCCGUGAUGUCCAUCACGCCCAGCUGAGAGAGGUGCACGGAGCUAACGUUCGUGCAGUAGAGGCCAUGGAGGCGCCAAACGAGAAGAAGGAAACUGUGGAUAGGCGCAGGACGAGGCUGAGUCAUGACGAGGUGAACAGCCUCGCUGAGGACGCCAGACGAGACAUCGCCUCCGAUGGGGAACACGUCACAGUGGAGAAGGUGAUUAGCAAAGUGUGCAUGCUUUUGCAAGUGUCAUCCUUGAAUGCAUUGGGAAUCAGAUCUUACUGGCAGCUCCCUGCUCUGAAGGAACUCGAGCGCACCGUUAAAGAGAUCAACCUCUUCGUUCAGUCGAUAGAGGCGAUCUGUUCCAUGGUCACUCUCUACGAGUUGGGUCAGGCUAUUGCCGGCAUCAAGAACAAGAAGCGAUUCGAGGAGCUCCACCUAGGCCCGCUCUGUAAAAUCCCGAUUGUUCAUCGUCUGUUCACGAUAGACAGCAACACUAAAGAUGAUGAUAUACACCAGAUCGAGACGGUGGAUCUUCUUAGGAGUCUUCGUAACUUCAGGAGAAAGCUGAACAAGCAAAAGGUAGACCUUGCUGAGUUCCUGAAGUACCUUGCAGACCAGUAUAGCUGUGAUUCACCGUACGCGCUCGGAAUCCGGAUCCAGAGUGUUGGUCUGCCCAUUUCGACAUUAUCGAAGGCGUAUGGGUGUGAGAGCGCUUGUAUGGAGAGAGCCAGAGAGGCCAUUCAGAAGGAGAUCGAGGAGGAGGUAGAAAACAGGCUGUGGAAGGUUAGAAAGAGUUUGCUGGAGCCGGCACAGGGAGCACCGCUCUACUCCUCCUCUGGCAGCCUGGAGCUCAGGAAGAAAUACGCCAGCUUGACCGCUUCCGAGGCCGUCUUUGAGAUCUUCACUAACUCCGCGGGCAUCUUCAAUCAAAGGAUGACCAAGCGAGUUCAGGACUUCCUCAUGUACGUAUCUGGAGACAGGCUGGCUCGGACCUUGUUUCAGCUGGCUAUCUGUGGCGGCUCCCUGGCCAUCCCAAAUGACCUAGCUCCAAAAGAGAAACCCCAAAAACAAAGCCAGGAGCAGAAAGCAUCUGAGAAGAAGGCAACUGAGAUGCUCCCCACUGAAGAUGCUGUGAAGCAGUACUUCCAGGAAUGUGUAUCCAGCUUCAUGGGCACGGUGACGCUGCCAUAUCUCAGCCGGCUGGAGAAGAAAUUGGCAGAUCAUUUCAAAUUCAGGGAGUUUGGACAGCUACAUCAGGGCUCCUUCCUCGAGUUCCUGGUCAAAAACAUGCAGAUUCUAAAGGAUGCUGCAGGGGGCGCUGUGGCUAUUGGCAACCAGGAUAUUCAUGCGAACAUCUUCAGACCCAGCCAGCAAGACGUGUAUGAGUUUAUUAAGCAAUGCGGUGAAACAGAUCCUUCACGACUGCCAUUUAUCGAGGCUGCACUCAGGAGUCACUACAGAGUUCAGGACAGUCGAGAGCUGGGCUACGGGAAACUUCGCACAUUGGCAGACUUCGCCAGGCGCCAGAAGGAGUUGUGUGACGGGGCCAGUUCCAGUGCUGUGCGCUAUGAAUGCCCUCUGCUUCCUAAAGAGCCAGAGGACAUGCUGGUGGAGUCAGUGGGCUUGCUGGGGGACGUGAGCCGGGAGCAGGCAGUGGCGAGUCUCCUCUCUGCUCCACUCCUGGAGGACUUGGCUGAAUGGAGCCAGUGGGAGCUGGUCUUUCAGCCCAAUCAUGGACCACUCAAACACUUUAUUGACAAAUAUUGUGGUAACACAGACCUGCUGGCUUUGGAGGUGUCUCCUGGAGUGCUGUUGAGGAUCACUUCUAUCACUGGCGAUAAAUUCUUCUCUGAAGCCACUCAGGCUCUUGACCCUGCAGGCACAGCUGGUCACCUUGUGUCCAUCGUGGUGGCUGAUGGGAUUUCAAACACCCCCACAGCACUGCUGGCCAAUCACAUGGAGAGUUCACUAGCAGCAGCAGCUGCCAGAGAAGAUCCAUCCCUCGGUGAAGACGGAUGCUACUUCAGCACGGUGGCCAAGUUCGUGCUCGAGUGUGUAACUCGGAUGCCUACAAGAAUCUGCAGAGAGCUUCUGCAACAGGUGUUUCUUGAGCCUCUUUCGAGAGUGCUUGGCCAGGCUCGGUCCAAAACUGUCCUCCUGGAAGCAGCCAAGUCAGAGACGCGGUAUCUCAACAAGCUCCAUCAGCUGGGCAUCUUGCUGGGCAUCACAGAGUGGGUGAAGGACUUCCACACCAAACUCAUCUUACCCCCCACACCUGAGGUGCCCCAAAAGAACCUGCCAGCUGACUCUAUGAGUGACGUAUCCUCUGUGUUGAGUCUGGCUGACGGCGAGGAUUUGUUGGAAGACUCUGUUCUCAGCUCUGUCUCCACUUCCAAAGCUCCUCAGCAAAGUGAGCUUAAUGACAGCACCAGGGAUGAUGCCGAGCACGACGCUGAGGAUGAUGCAGAAGAUGAGGAUGAGGAUCUCUUUGAACUGGCAUCAGAGAAGAACGAGGAGGUGAACAGCAGUGUUGACAGUAAAGAGGAGGAUGAGGAGGCUGAUGGUGUAGAAGAGCUUCCUGAAGGACAUUCAGAAGGGGAUGAAACCAGUGAGCAGCUCAGCCAGCAGAGGGCCAUCGUCGAGGACAUCAGGAAGAAUGAGUUUGGUGUUGGAGUGGAGCUGAACGAAGCGGGUCAGAACCUGAUGAAGAAGCAACAGGCUCGGCUCGGCCGCAGUCUCGAACGCCUUUCCACUGAACUCUACAGCAAAGACACACACUUUGUUCUGGAGCUCAUCCAGAAUGCUGACGAUAACAGCUACCCGCUAGAUAGAAAGGAGGAGCCUGCUUUGGCCUUCAUAGUGCAGAAAGACUGCAUUACUAUUCUGAACAACGAGUGCGGCUUUGAGGAGAGGAAUGUGCGAGCUAUCUGUGACGUGGGAAAGAGCACCAAGGGAAAACAUACUUGCGGCUACAUAGGUCAGAAAGGCAUUGGCUUUAAAUCGGUUUUUAAAGUCACAGACUGUCCUGAGAUCCACUCCAACGACUUCCAUGUCCAGUUUGACAAGGCCAGCGGCCCCAUGGGAUACAUCCUGCCUCACUGGGUGGAGGAGGAGAGGCCUGUGCCCUCUGUUGCCAAGGAGAUAGCUGAGAAAAGCUGGACCACAAAGAUCUUCCUGCCGCUUCGAUCAGAAAGCUACCAGACCAAAAACCUUUUCCAUGACGUGCACCCAUCUCUCCUGCUCUUCCUCCACCGUCUCCGCUCCAUCACUAUCUACAGCGAGGCUGAGAAGAGACUGGUGUCCAUGACGAGACGAGAUCUGAGUCACAAUGUGCUGGAGGUGGAGCACACAGGAGGUAUGGAGCGCUGGCUGGUCGUCAAGAAGAUGCUGCACCCUAAGAAGAUUAAAGUGGAUGUGGAAUCUACAGAGCUAGCACUUGCCUUCCAGCUCAGUAACGGCUCUGAAUGUGAAGUGAAAGUUCAGCCUCGGCAGCAGCCAGUCUUCGCUUUCCUGCCCCUGCGAAGCUUCGGCUUCCGCUUCGUCGUCCAAGGAGAUUUUGACAUUCCUUCUUCUAGAGAGGAUGUUGAUAGAGACAGUUCCUGGAAUCAGUGGCUCCGGUCUGAAAUCCCCCAACUCUUCCUGCAAGCCAUGGAUGUUUUCAGUAAUCACCCCGAGUUUAAUGGGCUGCAGGGACUCUGCCACUUCCUGCAGUAUAUCCCUCAGCCUAGUGAAAUCCUGGACUUUUUCAACCCUGUGGCUAAACAGAUCAUCCAGCUGCUGAAGGGGAAAGCCUGCCUUCCAGCCAAGAUGGACAACAAGGGCAGAGUGGAGUUCAAGCUGCCUUCGCAGGUGGCUGUGUGCCAGGACCCUCUGAUUCAGGAUGUGAUCGGAGGAGAGGAGCUGUGUAAGCACCUGAACCUGUCAUACCUUCACCCUGCACUGCAGUCAUCACUGUCAUCUUCUCUGCUCAGUGCUCUGGGUGUCCAGCGGCUGAAAGCUGCUAACAUCACCACCGUCAUCUGUGCGAUGGCCAAGAGUCUCGUACAAGAGGGUGAUAUUCACUCAGAUGCCAGUCUGAAAAAGCUGGCCAAGCUGCUGGCUUGUAAUUUCCGCGCUUUGGAAUCUGAGUACAACGAGGUGGAUAACUUCCUGCAGGCCCUCCGAGAUGUUCCCAUGAUCCCCCUGGCAGACGGCCGUGUGGUGGCUCUCAGCGCAGAGGGUGUCUUCUUUCCUCUCAGUGAGGAGACUCACAAAGGUCUGGAUGCUCUGUACAAGGACCUGAGCAUCGUGGAGCCACGGCUGCUGGAGUGUCUGGAUAAGUUGGGUAACUCUCAGGUGCGCGAGUUGCUCUGUAGGCUGCACGUUCAUGAGCUGGAACCCAACGAGGUGCUGCAGAAGCACAUCUACCCCAUACUGAGGAAUGCUGCAUGGAAGGAAAAGCCGAAAGACAUCACUGUCAGCUACGUGGUGUUUAUAAAGGAGCAUUCACAGGACCAAGACUACAGGGUGCUGAGGGAAGCUAUCCCCGUACUCACCAACAAGGGUUUCAUCUGCCCCGGCCAGAGCAAAGUGCAGUUCUCCAGGGAGUACGACAACAUCGACCUGCCCACCAAGCUACCCGGUGUGGACUGGGUGCUGCUGGAUUCAUGCUACCUACAUGAUGGAGAUCUAUCAGGAUGGAAGGAUUUCUUGAGUGACCUCGGAGUGAGGGAUCUUCUGAUUUUCAGGAAGGAGCGACGCAACCUCAGAUCCACAGAGCUGGCAUCGAGCCCAUGGGCAGCAGAGGCAAAGCCAUGGCCCAAAACUACAGAUGCACUUUAUGUCAUAGAGGAUCAGCAGUGUGAAGAGCUUUACUCACUGAUAACGGCAGAUCAACUUCCCCCUGACAUCAAACUGCAGCAACGACAAGCUCUGAUCAACCUGCUGCAGGACAACUGGGACACUGGAGAGAAGUAUUCUCAGUACCUCAGUGCUCAGGUGCUGGACAGCCAGGGCCGCACCCUAAAAGACGCCAAGUCCUCGUUCUACUACCACCUCACCCAGUUGGCAUGGGUGCCUGCUUACAAGCCCACGCAGGACGGGAAAAACACUGUGGAGUACAUGAUUCCAAACAGGGUGUAUCUCUUUUCUGACAAAGUGCACAGUCUCUUGGGAUCCCAUGUCUGUUACGUCAAACUGGAUCCCAGCGAAUUCUCCAGAGCUGUAGGGAUGAGACACACUGUGCUGGUGGACGAGAUGGUCAGCUACCUGAAACGCUGGUGUACGAAGAAAUCCGACGGCGGCGAGGCUGAAGGAGCCGAUUUCAUCACCACUGUGCAUCACAUCCACUCGGUGUACCGCUACUUGCAAGCAGAGUGCUCCUACACACAGCUUAGAGAGCUCUUCCAGCACUCACCUGCUGUCUUCAUAGAGUACGACAGGAAGGACGAGUGGACCUCAGGGCGAUUCUACCAUCUCAAGGACGUGUGCUGGAGAGAUCCAACAGAGAUGUUUUUCAGAUACAAGGAGCUGAUCCGCAAGCCAGAGAGCAGGGUCCAGGAGCCUAAAGUACUGGCUCCGUUUUAUAGCAAAUUGCAGCAAAUGGAUGAACUGUUUAAGUUUCUGAACGUGGAGCCCAGUCCGUCCAUGAAGCAGUACGUGGACCUUUUGGAGGCUGUAUGUGAAUCAUCGCCGCUUCCCACAGGAGAGGUGCUUCAGGAUAUCUCCAUCAUUUUUGCCAGACUGGGUGAAAAAUGCAAAAACUCUAGGCACUCAGAGCAAGAUCAAGACUUUGAUUUGAACCAGCACUACUGCACAACGCUGAAAGUGAUGAUGUCUCGCAUGAAGGUAUUUCCUACCAAGACACAGGGCUGGGUCACACUGGCCCGGAAACCUAUGAUAGCAGACAACCCAAACCUGGAGAAGAUCUUCAAAUCUCACAAAGAAAUUUGCCUCCUCAACCUGCCCUCAGCUCAAAAGAAAGCAGCACACAGGCACAGACCGAACCAGAAAGCCAAGCUACACGAGGAGAAGCUGGCCUUCAGUGAGAGUGACCGGGAGCUCUUCCUGGUGAUCUGCGGCGUGAAGAAACUCUCCCAGUGUGUCACUACCGAACCCCAGACAGAGAACUACAGGCCGUGUCCAGCUAUGCAGAACCUGGUGCGUGACCUCAUCCCAUACAUCCAGAGGUUCAUCUACUACCACGACGAGCUCGGAGAAAUAUACGAAGACCUCAAAGAGAGUGGAAUUGCCCAGGAGAUCAAAUCACUCAGCUUCGGUCAGGUGGGAAAGCUGUACAUUUAUUACCGUCUGGAACAGCCAGAUGAGAGCCCCAUUGUGGAGAGCGAUGACAUCAUCUGUCUCCUGAAAGACAGGAGAGAGUUGUACAUUCAGAAAGACCAUCUGUCUUUCAAAAUGUCCAUCUGCGGAGAGCUGGUCAAACUGUUCACCACCGAGAAGAGCUUUAUGGAGGAACUGAAAAGCUUUCUUGAGAAACUUGUCAUCCGCAUCAGCGAUACGGAUUCUUUGGAAAGAUUACUGGAUAGUAAAGACGUUCAGGAGCUUCCUCCGGAUGAAGAGCGGUGGGAGGUUCCGGCACCGUUGGAGACACCCGAACCCAAAAAGCUCUUUGGCAUCAGCUCAGCUGUGAGUGCACAGGAAGUGGAGAUGAACACAGAGGAGGAGGACGAUGAUACGCUGCACUGCUGGCCUCCCAAAGCAUCGAUCAGCAAAACAGGAGGCAGAAGCACAGGAAAAGGAAGCCAGGCGGUGGAGGCAGUAAUGAAGAUGUGGCCUCCUCCGGCACCUCUGACCUCUUCAGCUCUUCCUGUUUCUCCUGUACCUUCUGCUCACUGGGGCUCUGGAACUGAGAGGAGCUCUAGCAGUCUGAAAGCUCAGGAAAAUACGACAGAAGUCCAGAUACACAGAGAGCCAGGCGCUCCAAGUAUUCAGGGAAUUCAGGGCCCCAGGUUAAGUGCUAGCAUCCCACGUGCGGAAGAACAAACUCAUAACGCCACUGCGCAGGUGGUCGAUGCUCCUAAUAAAACCCAUGCUGGGUCCAGUGUGGCUCCUGGUGAGCAUGCCGAGGCCAGCGUGGACAAGCCAGAGGGCAACAGCACUCCAUCUCCAGCAGAAGAGCAACAAAACACACUGCAACCAUCAGAGCAGGUUCAUAAACCAGUCCAGCCUCCAGAAGUCAUGGCAAGCCAGUUCCAGGGAAGCGUUAUUUACCGUCCACCCAUGCCCCUGGACAAUGCAGUAUGGACCAAACCGACAGUCGCAGAAGCGGUGCUGGAGGACCUUGCCCUGAACUUCAGUUUGCCCGACUUCCUGCAGGUAUCCAAUGGUUACGAUGACAACGCUGAUAUCGGGAGAUGGGGAGAGCAACUGGUCUACUCCUUCCUCAACUGCUGGCGAGAAAGCGGAGAAGGACCACGGGAGAUCAGCUGGUCUAACGAAAAGGGUGAGAGCGGCCAGCCGUACGAUUUCAAACUGAUCUUCCCGAGCGGCUGUAACACCACCCGAGAGGUGUUUGUGGAAGUCAAGACGACGAUCAAGCAGGAGAAGCACUUUAUCCACCUGUCAGCCAACGAGCUCGACUUUGCACUGAAGGAGAAGGAAAAGUAUCACAUAUACAGAGUGUACGGCGCCGGAGAUUCACGACUUACCCGUCUCUGUCGCAUCAAGAACCUCGCCCAGCAUCUGCAUUCCAAAACACUGGAACUGUUUUUAUUUGUGUAAAUAUUGAUUGAAAAUAUUUUAACCUUUUCAGCAGUUUAAUUAUUAUAAUUCUGUGUAUUUUAAUUUUGCACUAGUAACGUCAUACACUGUCUACCUAUGGGUUUUGUAGAAAUAUUCAGUUACUGUGUGAACUUUUAGAUAUUUAUACCUGUCUUUUAUGUGGUCUUUGAAUUCAAGUCCUUUAUUUUUUUAUCAUUUAAAAUGUUAAAUUAAUACGCACAUUUUAAUUUAGACACUGUUUUUAAAGGUAAAAUGUUCAUGUAUGUCCAUUUAAACUUCAGUAAAAAACAAAACAAAACAAAAACAUUAACGCAGGAAUGAUUAUCCAUUAUUCAUUCCUUAUUAUCCAGUAAUCUUUACUAAGCCAGACGUUAUUGACUGUUGUGAUUGUCUUAAUAAAAAUUUACACAAUAUUGGGAAA